ACGUGUGUCAAGCCUUUUGUAUUUUGUAUAAAAUUUAGUUUUAGUUAUGUCACAACAACACGCAGAGCUGAGUGCAGAGGCUGUCGACAGCAGACUGCUCUAUUUCUUUAACAAAUUCUGGGACAUUUGCGGCUACUUUGAUCUCAAUCUAACCACAUACAUUGAACGCAGUCCGUCUGAAUAUUUUGCUGGAUUUUGCAGCAUGCAUGGAUUUGCCCCGAACUGGAGCUGGUACUGGCAAUCGCAGCAAACGGAGUCGCAGUACCUGGAGUCGUCGUCCGGCAAUGAAAUCUACUAUUGGCUGCACAUUUCGUUCAUAUUUCGUGCCAGCAGCUUUUGUGACAGUUGAUGAUUACAAUAAAUGCCAAAUUGAAAUUCCAUUUCUAGCGCUCGCAAGCAGCAGCAGCAGCAGCAGCGAAGAAGGAAAAUUGUUAAAGUCACAUCGCGUUUUUUCUCUGUUCUGUUCUGUUCUGUUCAAUGUUUGUGUAUUUUCUGACAUUUUGGCAAUGCUUCAACAAAAACCGUUUUGGCAACGUGGCCAACAAAUGAUAAGCCCAGCCAAGAGUCAAGCUCUUACGGCUCACUGAGUAAAAUAAAAAUUGAAUGAAUGGUAAGCAAAA